CUAUCCUCAGUGUUAUUGUUACAUCUCAGUGCUUCGUGGAACUGCUAGACUCGUCAUAUUGAUAACUCCCAUAUUCACUCGCUACCUCCUCGCAUUCAAUGGUUCAAGAGGUCUCUCGCUGGGACCAGGUCCCGGCAGACCCUUACCACUACCCGCAUGAUCAUUCUCUGUCUCCCGAAACAACCGCCUUGGUCAUCAUCGACAUGCAGCGGGACUUCUGCGAAGUGGGCGGAUAUUUCGACUGCCAAGGCUACGACGUAGCAGACGCCCGUGCCAUCAUCCCGGCCAUUCACGCCCUUCUCUCUACCGCGCGAAAAGGCUCGUUUCCGGUCUUCUUCACUCGAGAAGGUCACAGGCCAGACCUCUCUACCUUAUCAAGUCGAGAACGAUUCCGGUCUCGCAACAACCCUCGACAUCUGGGAAUCGGCGACAAAGGACCCUUGGGCAGAUUCUUGAUUCGGGGAGAAAUUGGUCACGAUGUGGUACCCGAGUUGACCCCGUUACCCGAGGAGAUCAUCAUCGAUAAACCUGGGAGGGGUGCAUUUGCUCAUACGGAUUUUGAGCAUAUCCUGCGGCUUCGUGGCAUCAGGAACUUGGUCCUGACAGGCGUAACGACAGAUGUCUGCGUUUCCACUACCAUGCGGGAGGCGAAUGACCGCGGUUUUGACUGUGUCGUACUAGAAGACGCCACAGCUGCAGCCACACCAAAGCUGCAUCAAUUUGCAUUGGAUUCUGUCAAAAUGGAAGGGGGAAUCUUCGGUGCUGUGACACAGUCGGGCAAAAUCAUCGAAGCAAUGAAAACUUGGGCCUGAUCUUAAAGCCCGCCACGUGAAAGCCACCGUCCAUUUGGCAUUCCUCUUG